CGGGCGGGUCUGACUCAGACUCUGAGACCCGGUCUGUACAUGUAUUUGCCUGUGCCGUAGUGAGGAGCCCGCCACUUCUUCUUUCCACUCGAGAUGGAGCAGAAUGUGUUUCGACCGAGGACAGCAAGCAAGUCACCACUGCUACCGCACCACGCGUUCCAAGCCCCGACCAACGCAACUAGUAGUCGUCGUUGCUGGCAUCUAUGGCCGCUGAGGAUAUCGCUGUUGGCUGGAGCGCUUUACGUCGCGUUGCUCGUCUGCUGGAACGCUAGCCGACUGGGACGAUUGACCGCGUCUCAGGAGAAUGCCAGCGAGCCCAAAACUUCCACUCCUGCACACCGGGUGGUCGCGUUUGAAGCGCAGAUAACAGACGCACCAACGUUUCCACCGGUGGAGCAGCUAUCCGCUCGAGAAGUAUCAAUACAAGCAGCUCUGGCGGUUGCUCGUGCUCAGGAGGCCGAAAUGAAGACUAAAAUAUCGCUGGCAGACAAGAAGGAGAAGAAGAAGGUUGACGCUCGUUUGCGAUGUCGUGGGUGGAAAGCAACGAGCGACUGCGAUCCCGACGGCACGCGAUUGCGGAAUCUUGAUCUACCCUGUGGCAAACCGGUGCCUGUCGACCAGUCCGGAUAUUGCGAGCUUGAGGACAAAGACACGGGUGAAGUUUUUCACGUGGUGAAGCGUGGCUGCAACAGCGUCAGAGAGGACGCAAAAUUCCGCUGCCUUGAUGCUGCCGAAUUCGUCAAAUUCCCGAUUAGAGCGAACGAGGUGGCCAAAACAGCAUCGAUGCCAGGGUUCUCCCUCCCCCAUGUUGUCCCUCUCGUGGAAGGUGUGAAUACCAACCUGUCUGGUGGAAAAGAUGGCAUUAUCAUGGUCGUGUAUCCUAGAUUGCUGGCGAGUGCAUACGCCACCGUCCGUGUUCUACGAGAAAUACUUGGUUGUCGACUCCCCAUCGAACUAUGGUACCGGCCUGACGAGAUGAGAACGGCGCGGAAAGGUUUGGCCCCAUUGAAAAAGCUGGCAGAGCAUGCUGGAGGGAUCUCUUUCCACGAGAUCAAUGAUGCGCGUGCAUUCGGCUACGGAACGAAAGUCUUCGCCAUCUACCACAGUUACUUGGAGAGAAUCCUGUUCCUGGAUGCUGACAACGUGCCUGUGCGAGACCCAAGCUUCCUUUUCGAAUCUCCCGAAUUCAUCGAUACGGGCGCUGUUUUCUGGCCGGACUUUUGGCAUCCUGACAAUACCAUUUUCAAUAUCCACCGCCAAUCGCUUGUUUGGCAGUUCCUCGGCUUCCCGUUUGCCGACAUGUUCGAACAGGAGAGCGGCCAACUUCUUAUCGACCGACGGCGUCACACAAUACCCGUGGAAGUUCUCUCUUUCUAUGCCUUCCAUCGUCCGAAUCUCUUCGACAACUUCAAACUAGCGCACGGUGACAAAGAUCUCUUUCGAUUCGCGUGGAUGCAUCAAAACGCCACGUUCCACAUGAUCCAGUCGCCGCCCGCAGUAGCCGGCAAGGUGAUCGACGGCAACUUCUGUGGCAUGACGAUGGUGCAGCACGAUGCUCAGGGAGAAGUGCUCUUCAUGCAUCGGAACUCACGUAAACUCACGGGUAUGCCGAAACAAGAAAAGACGGUUCUAAGAAGCGAAGCAGUGGCUCGAGCCAGGAAGAAACUGGUUGUUGAGAUGGCUAAGAAUGGUCACGGUCGGUUGACCCCGAAGUGGAGCGAGGUGGAGGCGGAGAUGGCAGCAAUAACACCGGCGCCAGUAUUGAAGAAGCCCGAAUCUGAUGGAUACCCUGACGAGAUUAUCUGGACCCACUUGCUGUCAUUUAACCGCAGUGCGCCACGCACAGACUACGUGAUCGAUGCAUACAGUGUAGAGCCGCAGUUCCAAGACCAACACUGCUACGGGCAGAGACACAUCGGAUCCAACCCAAGUUUCUAUGUCCAGGAGAUCGCCACCCUCAGUUUUGCAGGGCUGGAGACGGACUUGCGGCUCUUUGCCAUGGAGGCAGCGGAUCAAGCUGCCUAAAUGCACGGUACCCGAUCACCGCAUGCUGUGGCGUGGGAACACAUAACUUAUCGAAUACAUGUAGCACUACAGAUGGUAAUCUUGCAAAGCAAGUUGCUAUUAGCAACAGCGGCAAUAGAAUCCCAUUGAGAUGACGACGAUCGAGUCGACAAGCCAA